AUGGAUCGCAAUAGCAUCGGCCAUCACAACGAAGAGUCUCAUCAAUUGUAUCCCAAAGGUGAAAAAAUCGAAAUAUCUGUAAGAAAUGACCAUCGAAGCAACCGGGAUAUUCCUUCGACAUCGACGAAAGUUACAAAUUUGGAGAAACCACGUUGGGGUAAACUCUUGACGUUGGUUGGUUAUGCGGCAACAUUUGGCUCAGCUGUACCCGUAGGUUAUUGUAUUGGUGUUAUAAAUAGUCCUGCAAAUUAUGUUAAAGCCUGGUGUGCUCAAAGCCUUUUGGAACGUUACGAUGCCAAUAUGACAACAUCUGGUUUAGAUCUAUUAUGGGCCUCAAUUGUUUCGAUAUUUUUAGUUGGCGGUGCUGUCGGUUCGUUGGGCGGUGCAUGGGCAGCCAAUAAAUUUGGAAGAAAGGGAUGCUUUCUUAUCAGCGGCUUUCUGUUUGCCAUCGGUGCCAUUAUGUUCUUCUUUUGUCGCAUGGCAAAUUCUGUGGAAAUGUUGAUAUUGGGUCGCCUUUUGGUCGGUUUGGCAUCCGGUUUAACAACAGCCACGCUACCAAUGUAUCUAACCGAAAUUGCUCCCUUGGCUUGGGUUGGCACGCUUGGCGUUUUUUGUGCUGUGGGUGUAACCGGUGGUGUUGUUGUCGGUCAAGUUUUCAGUUUACGUGAUAUUUUCGGAACAGCAGAAUUAUGGCAUUAUGCAUUUAGUUUUUAUAUUGUCCUAAUAUGCAUAUGCUAUUUACCCGCAUAUAUGUUCCCCGAAAGUCCUAAAUUUUUGUAUAUCGUGAAGGGUGAUCGUGAGGGAGCACGCCGUGAAUUGACACGUUUACGUGGUAAAGAUGCUGUCGAUAUAAUUAAUCAUGAAAUCGAAGAAAUGGAAUUGGAAGCCAAUGCCAAGGUGCAAACAAGAAGUUUUGGCUCCGUCCUAAAGGAUCCUGCCUUGUUGUUGCCCUUGAUAAUUGUCUGCUGUUUCCAUGGUGGUCAACAGUUGUCGGGUAUUAAUGCGAUUUUCUAUUAUUCUGUGUCAAUAUUUGAAAAAGCUGGUCUUUCGACAACCGAUGCAGAAUGGGCGAAUUUGGGUGCUGGCUGCCUUAAUUUAGCUACAUCUUUCCUGGGUCCCCUGUUAAUGGCCCGUGUUAAUCGUCGUCCACUAAUGAUGUUCUCCAGUUCGAUUUGUGCCGGUUUUCUAUUCACCAUAGCUUUUAUUCUUUACUAUAUUGAAAAGGCCAGUUGGUUCCCAAUGGUUUGCAUUGUCUGCAUUAUGGGCUAUAUAUUCUUCUAUCAAUUUGGUUUGGGACCGAUACCGUAUUUUAUUGGCACUGAACUCUUCGAAGUGGCACCACGUUCCGUUGCCAUGUCCAUGGGUAGCUUAUCCUCGUGGGCGUGUAAUUUCAUCAUUGGUAUGGCCUUUCCAUCGUUGCAAAAUGCCUGGGGUGCAUUCGUAUUUUUGCCGUUUUCCGUCACCUGUGCACUGCUAUUUCUGCUAACGAAAUUCUAUUUACCCGAAACACGUGGCAGAGAUCCGUCCGAAGUAGCACCACUCGUAUCGAAAGGAUUUAGAUCAAAAGUUAAAUAA